AUCCAAAGCAUCGAAAGGAAGAGGAAGCCAUUUUGUGAAUCCUGUGUGUUGUUUUUGAUGUUUCACUAAACGUUUUCAGAAAAAAGAUAUUCAUAUUUUAAUAACUUCGACUAUACCAUGGGUGAAGAUAAAGAUCGGCGACGCAGAUCUCGUUCGAGAGAACGGCGACGAACAAGGUCUAGAUCGAGAGACCGAAGAGAGAAGAGGAGAAGUAAAUCAAGAUCACCGUCUAAGAGAUCCCGUCGCCGCAAGCCUUCGCUGUAUUGGGAUGUACCGCCACCGGGAUUUGAGCAUAUUACUCCUUUGCAAUAUAAGGCCAUGCAGGCAGCCGGACAAAUACCAGCGAACAUCGUUGCAGACACGCCACAAGCUGCAGUACCUGUAGUCGGAUCAACAAUAACAAGACAAGCGCGAAGAUUGUACGUCGGAAACAUACCGUUUGGAGUCACCGAAGAAGAGACAAUGGAGUUUUUCAAUCAGCAGAUGCACCUGUCAGGUUUAGCGCAAGCGGCUGGUAAUCCAGUAUUAGCUUGCCAAAUAAACUUGGACAAAAACUUUGCAUUCCUUGAGUUUAGAUCUAUUGAUGAAACUACCCAAGCUAUGGCCUUUGAUGGGAUAAACUUCAAAGGUCAGAGUUUGAAGAUAAGGAGGCCGCAUGAUUAUCAACCAAUGCCUGGCACCGAGAAUCCAGCAAUAAAUGUGCCAGCUGGUGUUAUAAGUACAGUUGUGCCAGAUUCACCACAUAAGAUAUUCAUUGGUGGCCUCCCCAACUAUCUUAAUGAAGAUCAAGUGAAAGAACUUCUGAUGUCAUUCGGUCAGCUCCGUGCUUUCAAUUUGGUGAAGGACUCCUCUACAGGUCUCAGCAAGGGCUAUGCAUUUGCUGAAUAUGUAGACAUAUCCAUGACGGAUCAGGCAAUUGCAGGUUUAAAUGGAAUGCAACUAGGAGAUAAGAAGUUAAUUGUGCAGCGAGCGAGCAUCGGUGCCAAGAAUUCCACCUUGGGUGUGUACAUCCAAUCAAUGACGGGCGCAGCACCGGUGACUUUGCAAGUGGCCGGGCUGACGUUGGCAGGCGCUGGUCCAGCCACUGAAGUACUGUGUCUACUCAACAUGGUCACACCGGAUGAACUGCGCGACGAAGAGGAAUAUGAAGACAUUCUCGAGGAUAUCAAAGAGGAGUGCAAUAAAUAUGGCUGUGUCCGCAGUAUUGAGAUACCUAGACCCCUAGAGGGUGUUGAUGUGCCCGGCUGUGGAAAGGUAUUUGUUGAGUUCAACAGUAUUGCUGACUGUCAGAAGGCGCAGCAGACUCUCACCGGGCGCAAGUUCAGCAAUCGGGUCGUCGUGACGUCAUACUACGACCCCGACAAAUAUCACCGCAGAGAGUUCUAACCUGUCUGUCUUAACGCAUCGCGUCUCAUUUUAAAUGAUUAAUCUCGUAAUAUAUUCAAAUCAGACAUUCAAGGUUCAAUAAAAUGAUUUAAU